UUUGGUUUAAGCGUCACUUAGAUAAAAUAAAGCUGACAUUGUGUCCGCAUGACGCAUAAAUUGUGUUUUAUGUAUAUAGUAAUUUUGUAAAAUCUUAAGAUAAACAAAUAUAUAAAAUGGCAGAGAAAUACGAUAAAAAUGGUUAUAACAGUAGUGAUUUUAAAAGAAAUGCAAGUCAAGAUAUGGCAGAACAUGAUCACGAACAAGAUGGCGAAGAGGGGUCCAAACUUAACGAAAAAGCCGGCGAAUAUAUGAGAGAACUAUUGAGUGAAAAAAUCAAAUUGAAUAACACAAAGUUUCCUAUUUCAUCCCGUCUUAUUGACACAGAAGUAGCAAAAGUGCAGGCAUCAGGACGUGUACCACCAAAAGACUUUAAAUAUCUAGAUGUCUACAGGGAAAAAGCAAUCAAAGUCACUGUCAAAGUAUUGGUACCGGUCAAAGAACACCCUAAGGUAAAUUUUGUCGGCAAACUAUUGGGACCAAAGGGUAAUACUAUGAAACAAUUGCAAGAAGAAACAAUGUGCAAAAUGGCUGUACUCGGCAGAGGUUCCAUGAGAGACAGACAAAAAGAAGAAGAACUCCGUAACUCUCUUGAUCCGAAAUAUGCCCAUUUAUCUGAUGAGCUGCAUGUAGAAGUAUCUGCAAUGGCACCCCCUGCGGAAGCUCAUGCCAGAAUUGCAUAUGCUCUGGCAGAGGUCAAAAAAUAUCUUAUUCCUGAUGCCAACGAUAUGAUCCGACAGACACAGAUGCGGGAGAUUAUGGAAAGAGAUAUGGGAUUGCCGAAGCGGCCUUUGCUAGAUGUGCCCGAUAGCAAGAGCGUCGUAUACAGUGCUUGCACCGUCACCAAACAUUCCUUCUCCUACCAGAAUCCUGUGCUUAGGAUGACAGGCGCCCCGCCCCCACCACUCGCCGCGCCCCGCUCCGCGGCGCCCCGCAUGCCCCCGGCGCCCAUGAGGCCCAUGCCGGCUAAAACAAAGGUCUUCAGCAUACUGGACCGAGCGCGCUCCGCCAUGGAGUCGUCAUAUUCGUAUGAAGAUCCUUACGCUGCGCCAGAACCACACAUAUACACCCGCUCCACGCAGGUGCCCCGCGGGCCUCCCCGGGCCGCGCCCGAGCCCGAGUACUACUACGAGCGCAGCCAGGAGCGCUACUACGAGGACGACUCGUACUACAAGGAGGAGCCCCGGGAGUACAAGGCGUCGGCGCGCGACGUGGGCACGCGGCGGCCCGGCCCGUCCAACGCGCCGCGCCACUACGCGCGCGCCUCGCCCUACGCGCGCGCGCCCAAGUAGUACCGCGCUGACAACACAGAAGAAACGUUCACAUAAGAUUGGUGAGUAUAUAACAACAAAAACAGAAUGGCAAAAAUAAGCAAAUAAAAAUGGACUCAAAAUUCAAAAAAAGUAUUUAUAUGACAACACUGUUAAUAAAAAGAAAAACGUAAUGUAUGACAAAAAUACAAUAAAUAUAAAAUUAGGUAUCAAAAAGAAAUUAUUGUAAAAUAUACUGAUUAUAAUAUAUAUAAAAUAAAUAAAUAAUAAAUUGUGAACUUUCUCUGUCAACACAAUGCGUGGGCAUUGCUUAAAAAUCAUUUUAUAGAAAUUAGUUUUGUUAAAAGAACAAAUUCAAUUUUUAAAUAAAAGUAGUCUUUACUAUAAAGUUCAACUUUCAAUAAUAUUGAACUUUUUAAAAAUAAAUAUUUCAACAUCUUUUAAUCUAGAUAUUAAAUAAUAAAAACUAGAAUUAGUUUAAAUCGUAGGCUUACUAAUCCUUAAAUUAUGUAAUACAAAUCUUAACAAAACUAUUCCUCAAACUCCGAAACAAGAAGACAAAAUAAUAUGUAUUGGAAAAAUUGUGUGACUUAGAAAUAAAAUUAUUUCAAAGGAAAAA